AUGCUGGAAGCCGCCAAGCAGGAGGAGUCGGAGCCGGACUCUGAGGCGCCAUGCGCAGGGACUUGCCACGCGCAGCGCGUCCUGCAGACCCUCAACGCGUACCGGCGGAGCGGCACCCUCACCGACGUGGUGCUGCGCGCUGGCGGCUGCGACUUCCCGUGCCAUCGUGCCGCACUCAGCGCGGGAAGCGCCUACUUCCGCAGCUUGUUCGCUGCCGGGCGGCCAGAGCGCUGCCCCGCCGUGGUGCCGGUGGUGCCGGAGGGGCCGGGUGCGGGGCUUGCCCGGGCAUCAACGGCCGCGGCGAUGGCCGUGGUGCUCGACUACGUGUACGGCGCGGGCGUGCGGCUGUGCGCCGAGGACCAGGCGGCCGCAGUGCUGGCGCUGGCCGAGCGGCUGGGCGUGGCAGGUCUGCGCGAGGCCUGCGCCCACUACCUCGAGGGCCGCCUGCGCGCCGCCAACAGUCUGGCGCUGCGCCGCGUGGCCGCCGCCUUUUCCCUCGCCUCGCUGGCCGAGCGCUGCGCUAGCGUGCUGCGCCAGGCCUUCGCCGAGGUGGCGCACCAUGCCGACUUCCUGGAGCUGGCCCCCGACGAGGUGGCAGCGUUGCUGGCAGACCCGGCGCUGGGAGUGACCCGCGAGGAGGCUGUGUUCGAGGCGGCCAUGCGCUGGGUGCGCCACGACGCGCCCGCCCGCCGGGGACAGCUGCGGCGCCUACUGGAGCACGUGCGCCUGCCGCUGUUGGCGCCUGCCUACUUCCUGGAGAAGGUGGAGGCCGACGAGCUGCUGCAGGCGUGCGGCGAGUGCCGCCCACUGCUGCUCGAGGCCCGCGCCUGCUUUAUCCUGGGCCGCGAGGUCGGCGCGCUGAGGACCCGGCCGCGGAGAUUCAUGGACCUAGCAGAAGUGAUCGUGGUCAUCGGCGGCUGUGACCGCAAGGGGCUUCUGAAGCUGCCCUUUGCCGAUGCCUACCACCCAGAGAGUCGGCGCUGGACCCCAUUGCCCAGCCUGCCCAGCUACACUCGCUCAGAGUUCGCCGCCUGCGCCCUCCGCAACGACGUCUACGUCUCCGGAGGCCACAUCAACAGCCGUGAUGUGUGGAUGUUUAGCUCCCAUCUGCACACCUGGAUCAAGGUGGCCUCGCUGCACAAGGGCAGGUGGAGGCACAAGAUGGCAGUCAUUCAAGGCCAGCUGUUCGUGGUGGGCGGCUUUGACGGCCUGCGGCGCCUGCGCAGCGUGGAGCGCUACGACCCCUUCUCCAACACCUGGGCGGCCGCCGCGCCCCUCCCGGAGGCGGUGAGCUCGGCAGCUGUGGCGCCCUGCGCAGGCCAGCUCUACGUGAUUGGGGGCGCGGGCCAAGACAGCGUCAACACUGACAAGGUGCAGUGCUUUGACCCCAAGGAGGACCGGUGGAGCCUGCGGUCACCAGCCCCCUUCUCGCAGCGAUGUCUUGAGGCAGUCUCCCUCGAGGACAUCAUCUAUGUGGUGGGGGGCCUCAUGAGAAAAAUCUUCACCUAUGACCCUGGCACAGAUGUCUGGGGGGAGGCAGCUGUCCUCCCCAACCCUGUGGAGAGCUGCGGCAUGACUGUGUGUGACGGGAAGAUCCAUAUCCUUGGCGGGCGGGAUGAUCGCGGGGAUAGCACCGAUAGGGUCUUCACCUUUGACCCCAGCAGCGGGCAGGUGGAGGCCCAGCCAUCCCUGCAGCGCUGCACCAGCUCCCACGGCUGUGUCACCAUCGUCCAGAGCCUGGGCAGGUGACUCAGACCUGGAUGGCCUCAGCCAGGAGGCUGAGAGUAGGGAGGACACAGGUGUGCCACUCUGCUCCUCUCAUGGUCCCUCCAUGUAAAUAGCCCUUAACUUAUGGCCUCCUUUUCUUAUAGAAAUAAAACCUCAUUCAAAGGUCGGGUCAGUGUUCCAGCUUGAGCUUGCUUUGCCUGGAGAAGUAAUCUC